AUGGCGGCCUCCAUGAAAAGUCACCGUAUACCGAUAACUUUUCAGAGAUGGCGCUGGUUGUGGCAAAGACAUUCUCUGCGACCUCUGACCUCUCAUUCUGUUAACUGUGAUUCAGACUCUGUUUGCUAUGAUGUCAUUGUUGUUGGUGGUGGACAUGCCGGGACCGAGGCAGCAUGUGCUUCAGCAAGACUCGGCAGCCGGACAUUACUGGUCACUCACAAGAUAGAAACUAUAGGUGAGAUGUCAUGUAAUCCUUCCUUUGGAGGAAUAGGUAAAGGACACCUUAUGACAGAAGUUGAUGCCCUCGGAGGAGUUUGUGCUCGUAUCUGUGAUAUAUCUGGAAUCCAUUAUAAAGUUUUGAACAGGAGCAAAGGACCAGCUGUCUGGGGUGUACGUGCUCAGAUAGACAGAGACCUGUACAAGAAAAACUUACAGGAAGAUGUCAUGGCAACAGAAAAUCUCACCGUGGUUGCCUCCCCUGUUGAGGAUUUGAUCCUAGGAGAACCAUUCAACCCUCAACAUAAUCUCACCAAACAGGCCUGUAUAGGAGUUGUGCUGGGAAAUGGAGCGAGUGUUUACAGUAAGGCAGUGGUGCUGACCACGGGAACCUUUUUACGGGGUAGUAUCAACAUUGGACUGACCACCUGGCCUGCAGGAAGAAUGGAUGAUAAACCAUCAGUAGGUCUGGCCAAGAGUAUUGAGAAUGCUGGCUUCACUUUAGGGAGACUGAAAACCGGAACACCUCCCAGACUGGAUGCCAAGACUGUUGACUUCUCCAAGACAGGAGUCAUGAAGCCAGACGACCCUCCAAGACCUUUCUCCUUCAUCAAUGACAAUGUUUGGAUACCUGCUGACAAACAACUUAACUGUCACAUGACUCAAACUAACCCAGAAGUUGAUCAGAUUGUUUUGGAAACCAUGGACAAGAAUCGCCAUGUGAGAGAAGAAAUUAACGGUCCAAGGUAUUGUCCCUCUUUAGAGUCAAAGGUCUUGAGGUUUAAAGGUCGUUCACAUCAAGUUUGGUUAGAACCUGAAGGUAUCAACAAUGAGCUGGUUUACCCAAGUGGUCUCGGAAUUACUAUGCCUGAAGAGGACCAAAUCAGGGUUAUACGAAGUAUCCAAGGAUUGGAGAGGGCAGACAUUGUCAAGCCUGGUUACGGUGUUGAAUAUGACUACAUAGACCCUAGACAACUCAGUAGAACCCUUGAGACCCUGAGGAUCCAGAAUCUGUUUUUCGCUGGGCAGAUCAACGGCACAACAGGUUACGAAGAAGCAGCAGCACAGGGUAUACUGGCUGGUAUUAAUGCAGCUCUCAAAGUACAGAAGAAACCGAGUUUAACGGUUGAUCGAACAGAGGGCUAUAUAGGUGUUCUGGUGGAUGAUUUGACAACCCUUGGAACCAAUGAACCAUAUCGAAUGUUCACUAGUCGAUCAGAGUAUCGACUGAGUUUACGACCAGAUAAUGCAGACCAGCGUCUAACAGAGAAAGGUUACAAGGCAGGCUGUGUUGAUGAGUUUAGAUACAACAGAAUGCUGGAGAUGUAUAGAGACUUAGAAGAGAACAUAUACUUAUGCAAAUACAUCAAAAGAAUUUCCUCGGACUGGAAUAAACGUCUAGGUUUUCCACAUCAAAAGAAAGAAACUUCCAGUAGUGUCUGGGAUUUACUGAAACAAGGUGUUCCUAUACAAAAGUUGAUAGAGACUGAGUCUGAAGUACUGAAACAUUUACAACAGAACUGGAGGCUGGCUGAAAACUUGUUUAAUCAGGCUAUCUACGAGAGUGUUAUUGUAAAACAGCGCCUAGCAAUGGAGGAGGUGAGAAAAGAUGAGAACCUUCUCAUUCCUGAGGAUCUAGAUUACAUGAGUUUUAAAUCAAUACCCAAAAGCUCCAAACACCUACUAGACCAAGCCAGACCAUCUACGAUAGCAGCGGCCAGUCGAAUCCCUGGGUUAUCUCCAGCAGACAUAGUGUGCCUUCUGAGAAGAGUAAAAGAAACACAGAAAAAGACUUCUUCAGUUCCAGAUGGAUAAAAUGUUACUUCAUAGUGUAACAUUGUCAUAUCAUGAUAAAGAUUGUAUUUGUGAACUGACAACUAUGAGAAUUAAAAGCAGAGAGAUAGUACGAAAGGAGUAGUGAAAACAUCACCAGAUCAGCUUAACAUUGUCAUGCCAUCAACCUGUGUUACAGAACCUAACAGGACACUGAUUCUAUUGUGUCUAAAUCAGGUCUAACAUUCUAUACGAAUGUUUGAACCUUUGAUUUCCAUUUCUAUCGUAGUUAGUGCAAUAACAUAGUUUCAGUCUGGCCACUUUUGGAAAUUAAUUUUAGCAAAUAUCCAGCACAGUGUUUUAGGAGUAAUCCUGAUGUUGUUGGUCAGUGUUUGUUGGAUUUCCUUGAUCUGUGAUGGUCACUACUCAUUGAUUUCAUCCAUCAACUUUGUGGGUCAGUAUAGAUUGGAUACACACUUGACCUUGGAUGGUCAUUAUACACUGGACUUAAACUUGACCUUGGGUGGUCAAUAUACACUGGACAUAUGCUUGACCUUGGGUGGUCAUUAUACACUGGACUUACACUUGACCUUGGGUAGUCAAUAUACACUGGACAUACGCUUGACCUUCGAUGAUGGUCAUUAUACACAGGAUUUAUGCUUGACCUUGGAUGGUCAUUAUACACUGGACAUACACUUAACCUUGGGUGGUCAUUAUACACUGGACAUACACUUGACCUUGGGUGGUCAUUAUACACUAGACAUACACUUGACCUUGGAUGGUCAUUAUACAAAGGAUUUAUGCUUGACUUUGGAUGGUCAUUAUACACUGGACUUAAACUUGACCUUCGAUGAUGGUCAUUAUACACAGGAUUUAUGCUUGACCUUGG